UCCUGCCAAUACUUUUCUAGAUUUAGCCAUUAUUCUUCUGAAUUUUAUCUUUACGAAAAAGCGAAAAAGAAUUAUUACGGUUUUGCGACUUUUUGCGUAAUCCUUUACAAAGAAGUUCCUUGGUUACUGGAUUUCAAUCGGAUGUUUACAUUGGUUUACAGACACUUCCUGACUUUCUUGCAUGGAUGUUUAAUCGAAAUAAGGAAACCGCUUAGAAAGCAUUUCAGCAAAGGAACCUUGUUUGAAGGUUUCCAUCACUCAAUUUGUGUAUCUGGAUCGUGCGUGCUGCGACAACAUUUCGUUCAAUUGUGCGAUAUUUAAGCUUAAUUAUUAGUCAUAUUGUCUUCGUUUGACUCUUUGAACUUUGAUUAUCUGAUUCGCAGCUCUUGAUACUCGAAGAACAAAAUUCAUGCAGGCUGUUGUUGUUGAAUAUUGAAGUUAAUUUGUGAAACCGCAGCACUUGGCUUGAAAGUUGACUUAUUGCGGGGGCAAUAUCGUAUUUUGACUCCAAAAUCUUGACGCUGUGUCUCUAUGUCCGGCAGCCGGACAGGAUUUUCAAAAUACUUCGUGUCCGGCAGUCAAAAUUAUUUUUUUAAAAAUUUCACUUAAUAAUGUCAAAUCCUUGUUUAUAUGGCUGAAUACUAAUUUUGGUGAGUGUGGCACCCGGUAUAUCAGGAUUUAUGACGUAGACUAUUAUAAAAUAACCGGCAGUCAAAACGUUUGAAUAGCACUCCGGUUAGCCUAAAAAGCACUCCAUUAGGCGAAAUAGCUUUGCGGUUAGCCUGUGGUUAGCUUUCAAUAAUGCUAAGGGUAACUCGAUUAAUACUGAAAAAAUUUCAAAAAUGGCCAGCUGGUAGCGGUGGCGCAGUGGUCAUCAGUAUCGCUUACUAGGCCAGCAACCUGGGUUCAAUUCCUCAUGGGGUUGCCUUUCAUAACAUGCAUUUUACGUUGUUUUACUUUAAAAGUCUCACUGCCGGACACGGAGUAUUUUAAGGAACCUGUUCAGCUGCCGGACAUGUAGCCACAGUGAAAUCUUGAACUGCUAUUGCCGGUGUAACAAUGUGUUUUUAAUAACUAACGGUCCUGGAAUAGAGAAAGAAAAGAAUAACAGAAAAUAAUGUGAUUGUGCUACAUUCAUGAAAGUUGACAAUGUAUAUCAUUCUGUUUUUCCCUUCUCAUUUUCAGUUCUCAUGCGAUCCACAAAGACUCAAAGCCUGCCCAAGGUGUCACCCAGAAAAUCACCUGUGCGAAGGUCCUCAAGCAGUGGAUCAGUACGAACAGUAAGCCCUCUGAAACGUCCUAUCAAGCAAAGGACUAGUGCGUUAGCAGCAAAUAAAUCUGACAGUGGAUUAGUUUCAUCCUUUAGAAAGCUCUCUAUAACCCCAAAUCCUCCUCCACCGUCACGGUCUAAAAGCACAUCUCCCAGGAAGUCAAAAUCCAGCCAUGUUCGAGCAUUAAGCUCUUAUGCUAUAAAUUCAAUAGAAGACAUUGUGAAUCUCAUAAAGGAAGACAAAUGCAAGAAUAUUAUUGUCAUGGCUGGUGCUGGAAUCAGCACUCCUAGUGGUAUACCAGACUUCAGGACACCAGGAACUGGACUUUAUGACAACUUACAACAGUACAGAAUCCCAGAACCAACAGCUAUUUUUGACCUGGACUUCUUUUGGUAUGAUCCAAGACCAUUUUUCUGCCUGGCAAAGAGCUUGUAUCCAGGAAAUUACCAACCAAAUUACGUGCACUACUUUGUAAAGCUUCUGCACGACAAAGGGCUGCUGUUGAGAAUGUACACACAAAACAUUGAUGGGCUGGAAAGAUUAGCUGAAGUCCCAGCGGGAAAGCUUGUGGAGGCUCAUGGGACAUUUUCAACAGCUUCAUGUAUAAGAUGUCAGAAGAGCUAUGAUGGAGAACAAAUAAAGCAAACAAUCAUGGAUGGUGACAUUCCAAGAUGCUCCAGCCCAAGAUGUACAGGUGUAAUAAAGCCAGACAUUGUUUUCUUUGGUGAAGAUUUGCCCAAGAAGUUUUACUCCUACAUCGUGGAUUUUCCAAAGUGCGAUCUUCUUUUAAUCAUGGGCACCUCAUUAGAGGUGGAGCCAUUUGCAGGAAUAGCGAGUGCCGUUGAUCGUUCAACGCCCCGCCUUCUUCUAAACAGGGAAAUCGUGGGCCCGUUUUCUCGGCGCUGGGAGAAACGCUCAAACGAUGUAGUUCAGCGCGGGGACGUUGUCGAAGGCGUUCAGAAACUCGUCGACCUUCUGGGGUGGUCCGAGUCAAUGGACGAUCUUAUGAACAGUGCCAAGGAAAAAUGGAAACAGCAUACAACUAUGAUGGACGCGAAUGUCAACAAAGCUUCUGAAGAGCUUGCUAAAAGCAUCGGCAAAACAUCGGAAGUGAAAACAUCGGAAAAGCUUCCGCUAAAUUCUAAUGGGCAACAGAAAAAAUUAACUAACGAUUCGUCAGGAUUAAACCCAUUUGGCACCAGAACUCUGCAUUCUAUAGCGAAUGGUUUCGCAGGAAAAAGUGUUCUUUACAGGACAAAUAAAAAUGUUUUGUUCAUGAGCAGAGAAGGACCUUUGAGACCAAAUUUGGCAACUCAGAGAGCACCUCUUCUGCCGUUUAGGUAUACUCAAAGGAAAGACUUGAGCUCUCAGGACAAGAACACAGACUUCAAAGUUAUUGAUCCUAGCAAAGAUCUCGCCAGCGCAGGUUUCGGCCUUGGUAGGAGAAGCGCGGGUCGCUUGGGGUGUUUUCUAGCGGGGACCGCGGGAGAAAGUUCCAGUGACGAUGAUUAGAUGAUUUCAACGGUGUUUCAUGUACAACUCCAUAUAGAGUACCGCUUGGAAGACUGUCAAAUUCAUCGGUCGAAGAUCGACAGUUUUGACUGUUUUCACAGCUUUAUGAAACAUUCCGCGGGCUGAAGUAGGAAUAAUGGGGGCUUAGAAUGUUGUUGCUCUUUUCUAAUCAGAGUCUAAGAGAAGUGAAGAAACGAGGCUCAUAAUCAAAAGAAAUUAGCGGCUAAUUUCGAAUCAACUGUAUAGGCGGAAACUGAAGAACACUCACAUAUUUAGGUAUGAUAAAAUUAAAUGAUUCAAACGGUG